GUUUAAAUUUCGAAGACAUGCAUAUUAGUAUAUGGAUAAAACGUGUAGAGAAGUAAAUGUUAAUAAUUUUAAGAAUUUGUAAAAUAUUACGCUUAAUUUUUAUUUCUACUUAUUUAUUUAUUGCAUAAAAUUUUGCUAGUAUAUUUAUUAAGGACAUUUAUUAAAAAAAAAACAGUUAGAAGAUGGAAGAAGAACGAGGAAAUAUAGAAGUUUCAACAAAGGUUACAGAGCCAUUACUAAGUGUACCAAACCCAAGAGCCCUUCAACAAACUGUUCCUAUACCUGGUCAAUCAAAGUAUAUACAACUACUUAAUGUCAUAGAAGAACUUGGUCAUGAAGUUCGACCUACCUAUGCUGGCAGUCGUACUUCUAUUGAAAAAAUUAAGCGUGGUAUUGUACAUGCACGUAUUUUAGUUAGAGAAUGUUUAAUUGAAACAGAAAAAAGUGCUCGUCAAUAAGAUAAAAAUUCUAUAUAUAAUAAUUUGUAACUGACCAAAUUUUGUAGAGGUAUUUAACUAUAACAUAAAAAGACUUAUAUUUUUUGCUGCAAAUAGUAUUGCAUUUACAUAUUAAAGAAUGAAAGAAUCAGAAUAACAAUUUAUCUACCUCAAAUA